AUGAACGGAAGGCUACGUGGAUUUAUGGAGAGGGUGCGAAGCACGAUGUUGUUAAUGUAAGUAUUUUUAUUGUUUUUGUUGUGAUUUUUAGGUAUUUGACGAAGAUUUGAGGUUUGUCUUCGUACUGAAGCUGUUUUUGGAAUGAGAUGCUAGUCGAAUAGAGUGAAUUUGUAUUUGUUAGAGGGAUAAUGUUUUGGUGUUAAUUUUGAAGUAGUGUUAUUAAAAGUUGUGGAUUUUUCUGGAAGUAAGGACCUUUUCAUGUUACACUUGAGAGUAACGUUUUUUCGUAAUUUUAGGUAUAAUAUAUAGGUGUACCUAAGGAAAUCAGAUAAUUACAGGAUUGUAUUUAGGUUAUUGUGUGAAUUAACAUUAGAAAGGUUGAGUUCUACUUGGUUUUUGAGAUCUGAAUAGAGAUUAGGAUGUUAUAGGUGAUAUUCGAGUAUAGUUUUUAAAACUUUUAAAUUUUCAGGGCUCGUUGGACUAAAGGCUGUUUUUGCCGGCCAGGAGAGAAGGUAUAGAAUAUAUGGGAUCAAAGCUCAACGGAAGAGAACAUUGGUUUGGUGCUCUACGAAGGAUAAUGGUCGAAGUUGCUGAUGGAUAAUAUAAAAGGUAGGUGUUUUUGGAAGAUAGUUGGUGGUUUGAAUAUUUUUUACGUUGUCUAUGAUUUUGUGGACAACAUAUUGUUUUUUUUCCAUUUAUGUGGGUAUUUAUGUUAUGAUUGAUGGGUUUAUAUAAUUUUUUUUGGAAAUUUAGUUAUUAUCUGUUGUUUUUUUAUUAUUAAGUCCAAAGAACCGACUUCAUGAAGGUCAUGGAUAAUAUAAAAAUAAUUUAAUUCAAUAUCUGACAUUUUGAUGACUGAAUUAAAUGUUUUAGAAGUUUCUAAUCUACUACAACAUCCGUCAAAGACCACAGGCCAAUAGCGCUGGCCAUUCGGCACCAGACGUGACCAAACAUGGGUACCAGCGACAACAGCAUUCGAACAUCAGAUGGAACCAGCCCGUGAUCUGUAAGGGCAUAAAGAAGAAACAUAACCUAUCAUAA